AUGGAAAACGAACCAACUCAAGAUGACACUGAUGGUCUCCGUGAUGACGAUUGUACCAUUCCACCUAAGGCUCUUCCCAUGGAGUAUCCAAACGAAGUUGCUGCUGUCGAAGCUAUGGCUAAAUGUUUCUAUCAGCGUUAUGAUGCUUGCACAGCCUUCUAUAUGGGUUCGCUUAUAGAAGCAUGUCAAGCAGCUUUCAUGUCCACAGCUACUGAAGAACUUCGCCCGGUACUUGUCUAUAUCCACCAUGGUAGAAGUAUAUUUAGUAACAUAUUUUGUGAGAAUAUAUUUUGUUCGAGAACAAUCAUCGAGUAUUUACUUGAAAAUUAUAUUGUGUGGCCAUGUGAUGUUACUUUAGAAGGAAAUAGAAAUAGGUUGACAAACAUUUUGCAAGAGAUUCUUCCAGAUCAGGUUAUAAAUAGUUUUGACGUCAAUAAAUAUCCAAAACUUCUUGGAAUUAAGCGAAUAGCUCAAGCGCGACAAGGUGACUCGUUCGUAUUCGGAUACCAGUCAGAAUUGUUACUCGAAGGUGACGUUUUAGUAAGAAAUCAAGUGAUAUCAAAUCGAAAAAAUGUACUCGAGGAAUUGAUUUUUUUCAAAAACGAAUGUGACGAAAAUGAACAAUCAUUCUCAUACUAUCUCAAUAUACAAACUCGCCUUGGUAGAAAUGCCAUUCAUCGUAUAGUGAAAUAUAUCACAUUGAAUGAUGCGAUCAAUGCAUUUACCAUUAAUAUACUUCCUUUGUUACGUGAGAGAGAAACACCAGUGGAAAUUUGUGAUCCGGACAAUUUAUUUAUCAACACGAUUCUUCCCAAACUUAAAGCUAAACAAGUUAUUUCUUUACGUCUUACGACCAAUUGGUUUUGUACAGAACAAGAUCUAUCUCGAUUAAAUAGUUUUAGUGAUAUCUUCACAUUGACUCUACUCAAUUUCCCAGACAUCAAAUUAAUCAAUAUAUACCAAAAUUACUUCCCUCAGAUAAAGAAUCUUUGUCUUUGGUAUGACAGUGAAGUUAAUUUUACUUUGUUCCAUGAUCUUUUUGGAUACCUGAAUUAUUCAAUAAAACGAUUUGAAGUUCAUUGUCCAGGAUAUGUUUGUUCUCAUUCUAAUCCAGAUCAAUGUAAGAUUGCAUUCUGCGGAGCCUAUGAAAUCAAAUAUUUUCUUUUUGAUCUGAGUAACUUCCCAUUAUCUCCAACAAGUGAUUGUACAAACCAAUGGCCGUCAUGUUUUUUGAUAACCAUAGUUGAUUUGAUCAAAUAUAUGCCCAGUCUUCAAUACUUUCAAUUAAUUACAAACAUGGAUAGCAUAAGCAAACUAUUGGAUUUAAAAGAAUGGAUAAGAAUGACAAGUUAUUGCCCUUGUUUAGCGAAAAUAACGCUACGAGUGUUAGGACGUAUGGAAUCGGACGACGAAAUGUCUCAAAAAAUAAAAGAAAUUCAAAAUGAAUUACGUACUCUGCCCCAAAGUACUCAAUUUCAAGUUAUAUUCAACUGA